AUGAACGGAGGCUCCCAUCUUUAUGCUUCUUUAGCAAACUUCCAAAAGGUAGGGAAUUCCGACCGGGAAACUAUGAUAAAAUCAAUACGCCAUGAUUUAGCAACAAUGCUCAAAAAUUCCGAGGAUUUUUCUUUCCUUUCAAAGCAAAUACCAAGCACGAAAAUGCAAUAUAGAACUCUUAUGUGGAAUAUACUGCUUGGCCUUGGAGAAAUCGAUGAGCACGAAGGAGAUAAAUACAUUACAGCUUAUCAUUAUCUAUCAACAACAGACCAAAAGAAACUUCUAGGUGAACUAACUAGGAUUACAAAUGCCCAGAAGCUCGACUCAGUUAAAACAGACUAUCAGGCGUACUGUAGUUUCCUUGUUUUAUUAGCCGGAUUCUUAUCACAGUCAGGCUCGCAGUAUCCGCUUCACCAGCCUCUUCUCACGUUCGGGCAGGUAUUUUUACAGACGUACACUUAUCCUUUAGCGUUUUUUGCAUUUCGGCAAUUUGUUAACCACUAUGCUCCACACUGUUUUCCACGAAAAGGCGAGAAAACAGUUCAAACUGGUCCUUCGCAGCUUGCUGUGCAAAUUGCUUACGAAUUUGAUCCAACUUUGAAGGAAAUCUUUGGCAGAUUGUGUCCAGAAUACGGAUUUUCGUUCAGCCAUAUAUCAUCGUUCUUUACGCAAAUGAAACAGACAGACCAAGUAUCUAUUGUUUUUGAUUUUCUUUUCGCGUACGGAGCUUUCAUGGUUAUAUUUAUAGAAGCCGGAUGGAUGUAUAUUAAUAGAGAUACAGAUAUUAAGAAUAAUUUGAUUCUAGCAUCAUCAAUGCCAGAUGCAUUAGUCGUUAUUCGCCAAGCUGUCAAGAUAUUAGCUUCUACAAGUCCGGAAAAUAUUGCAAAGGCAAAGGCCUUUUAUACGGUAUAA